CCCAAAACGACAGAGGAAUUCAGAACAUCAUCAUCGUUUCUUCAGCCUCUGUUGUUCUCGGCGGAAAAUGAGCUUGUUUUUGCCGAUGAGUGCCUGCAGUUCUUCGAGAUGCUACUCCUCAGUUUCGUCGAUCCCAAUAGGGUUUCAAUCGAAUCCCGUUAAUGGCGGCUCGGGUUAUUACCUAAGAAGAAACAAAUUCGCUUCUCGGAAGUUUGUCGUGUCUUGCUCUUCUUCCCCUGAUCCGCUUUUGGUUAAGGCGGCAAAAGGACAAGCAGUGAAUCGCCCUCCAGCCUGGAUGAUGCGGCAGGCGGGAAGGUACAUGGCUGUGUACAGAAAGCUAGCCGAGAAACACCCAUCGUUCAGGGAGAGGUCAGAGAACACUGAUCUAAUCGUCGAGAUCUCAUUGCAGCCAUGGGAAGCAUUCCGUCCAGACGGCGUCAUCAUUUUCUCGGAUAUCCUCACCCCUUUACCAGCAUUCGGUGUCCCUUUCGACAUCGAAGAUGUCAAAGGUCCUGUGAUCCAGUCACCCAUCCGCUCGGAACAAGAUUUAAAGAAAUUGCAUUCGAUUGAUCUAGACAAGCUGCAUUUUGUUGGAGAAUCUCUAAAAAUUUUGAGACAAGAGGUUGGGGAACAUGCUGCUGUGUUGGGUUUUGUCGGGGCACCUUGGACAAUUGCUACAUAUAUCGUAGAAGGGGGAACUACCCGAACAUACACGAUCAUCAAGAGCAUGUGCCAUACUGCACCAAAUGUGUUGAGGACUCUCUUAUCUCAUUUAACACAGGCCAUAGCCGAGUACAUUGUUUACCAAGUCGAGCACGGGGCUCACUGCAUACAAAUAUUCGAUUCUUGGGGUGGCCAACUGACUCCCGAGAUGUGGGAGCGCUGGUCAAAACCCUACAUUGAAGAGAUUGUGCAAACUGUAAAGAGAAGAUGUCCAGAGACACCAAUAGUUCUUUACAUCAAUGGAAAUGGUGGCCUUCUUGAACGUAUGAAAGGAACUGGAGCCGAUGUUAUUGGCCUUGACUGGACUGUAGAUAUGGCUGAUGGAAGGAGGCGCCUGGGCAGCGGGAUCAGUGUACAGGGAAAUGUCGAUCCAGCUUACCUCUUCUCUCCGCUCCCUGCUUUGACCGAAGAAAUUCAAAGGGUUGUGAAAUGUGCUGGACCUGGAGGGCACAUUCUCAACCUAGGACAUGGAGUGUUGGUAGGGACACCAGAGGAAGCUGUGGCUCAUUUCUUUGAAACAGCAAGAAGCUUGGAAUACAAUACAAUCUUUCAAAAUCAUAUUCCAGCAGAUAAAGCUCAAUCGAAAUUGGUUGCCUGACGAAUCUGACAUUCAGUAGCAGAGGUGAAAUUCUCCAUGCUUUCUUCGGUCUUUUGAAAAGUUUUAGAAUGUUUUUGAACACUGCCUUAGAUAGUCCGCUGAUAGACCUCCAGGUCUCGGAAUCUGUCCUUUUCAGACAUAUCGACGAGGACAUGUUAGGUUGCCCGAAAAUCUGUCCUCACGGCCAAGCUUGCAUUACUCAAAUGUGGUUUCUGAGUUGUUCUUCUGCUUCAAUUUUGCUGCUACUAAUUGGCUGCUGAAUUUACCUCACAUCAAUGUGUUUUUUUAUUUAAUUCA